CAUCGCAGUUCAGAGGUCGCAGCGGAGCGGAAGUUGUUGGCUGCCUCUGCCUUUGCAGCCUGCAGGCAGCUUUUAGCGGCUAACACGGGUUUUGGAUGGUUGGCAUCGGAAAGGAAAACCAUGAAACCGUUCGACAUGUGCGGAAGAUGAAGCCGCCACGCCCGGGGAAAUGAUUUCCAGCGGCAUCGCCUCUGAGGAAGAGGAGCAGCUAACGUAAAGAAAGCCGGAAGUGUUGUUAAAGCUCCCAGCAGCCACAGACACAAUGAGCGCCAAAUAUGGCCUGGUGGGCUACAACAGUUCACGGAAACACAUUUCAAUCUCCAUCCCGUCGUCCACAGAGGUGAUGUCCCCCCACAUAAAGUCUGUGGAGGAGCUUAGGGUCCUGGGAAUCAACCUGAGCAGCUUCAGUGCCCCCACACAGUUCUUCAUUUGUGUGGCUGGAGUCUUCGUCUUUUACCUCAUCUAUGGAUACCUUCAGGAGUUGAUAUUUUCUGUGGAAGGAUUCAAGCCUUUUGGUUGGUACCUCACUCUGGUCCAGUUUGGCUUCUACUCCAUGUUUGGACUAGUGGAGCUUCAGCUCACACAGGACAAACGCAGAAGGAUACCAGGGAAGACAUAUAUGAUCAUAGCAUUUCUAACAGUGGGCACUAUGGGCCUGUCCAAUACCUCUCUGGGCUACUUGAACUAUCCCACACAGGUCAUCUUCAAGUGUUGUAAACUUAUCCCAGUCAUGAUUGGAGGAGUGUUUAUACAAGGUAAACGCUAUAAUCUGGCUGAUGUGUCUGCUGCUCUCUGUAUGAGUCUGGGACUCAUCUGGUUUACGCUAGCUGACAGCAAAGUGGCCCCCAGUUUCAACGUCACAGGUGUUCUCCUCAUCUCCCUGGCACUGUGUGCAGACGCCGCCAUUGGUAACGUGCAGGAGAAAGCCAUGAAACUCCAUAACGGCUCCAACUCUGAAAUGGUGCUGUACUCGUACUCCAUCGGGUUUGUCUACAUACUGACAGGCCUGCUCUGUGUGGGCGGACUGGGGCCAGCAGUGGCAUUCUGCUCAGAGCAUCCUGUGAAGACAUAUGGUUAUGCAUUCUUCUUCUCUCUUACGGGUUAUUUUGGCAUCUCCUUCGUGCUGGCCUUGAUCAAGCUCUUUGGUGCCCUGGUUGCAGUGACAGUGACCACUGGGAGAAAGGCCAUGACUAUCAUACUUUCCUUCAUGUUCUUCGCAAAGCCUUUCACUUUUCAGUACAUCUGGGGCGGCCUUCUGGUGCUCUUCGGCAUCUUCUUGAAUGUUUACAGUAAAAACAGAGAGAAAAUGAAGCUUCCUUCCAUCAAGGACCUCAGGAGCUGGCUGCUGACAGGAAAGAAAGUGCGAUUUCUCUCACAAAACGUAUAAAAGGCACCAACAGGCGUAGUGGAAAUCCUGCGCUGGCAGACUGUACGUCUGUUCACAUAUAUUCUUGGCCCACCUGGUUCAGGAGAUAUGCUGAAGCACCUGCCCUGAGCUAUGAGCCUAAUCACCACCAACAUUGAGCCAAGGAUGGUUGUACAGAGUUUGACCACCAAUCAGCCUCAAAAACAGCUGACACAUGAUUAAAGUACGAUUGGUGAUAUAUAUACCAGUAUGCCACUGGUGUAGAACCAGAAAUUACUCAAACUCUCUGCAGCAAACUGAAGGAACUGUAACUACUUUCUACAAGGGGAUCAAGGCUAGUGGGUGCUUUUUUUUUUAAAGCAAUGCUUCAGAGCCCCACAGAAACAUUCCCAACAUGGAGGACAACACUGAGGACUAUUAAGACUCUCUAAAGGGAAGCCAGCGCCUUAGCUAACCAAAUUGCACAGUUUUGCACUGGAAAGGACUCACACACUUAAACCCUUGAGUGGUUGGAAAAAAGUAAAA